AUGACUCAACAAACAUCAUCGCCUACAACAAUCCGAGCCAUGCAUAAGAACAAGCCUUCAUCAUCGGUCAGUGCACAAUCAAAACUAUCGGCCUCACGAGUGUCGUCUAGCAUGUUUAGAAAAUCUCAAAACGAAAAAUCAACUUCGUCCCCAAAAAACGACAGUACUCCACGACAAGAUUAUGUGUCAGUUGAGUCGCUAAGGCUAAAACUCUCUCAAAAUUUAUUCAGCUCCGAAAAGAAGAAGAAAGAAGAGGAGGAAGCAGGGUAUUCGCUACUGAGGCAAAGUUUUGAGAAAAUUAAUGCCAUUUCGCCAAAUACUGCCCAAAACCUCCCAACACCCUCUCCGACACAUAAUCAUUCCACCCACUUUGCAACCUCAAAAUUAUUUCCAUUUUCAUCUUCCAAUAACAUAAAUACACUACCUUCUGGAUCAUCACAAAUAUCUCCCAUCCAACAAUUUGAUACAUUAAAGAAAUCAAUGCCAGAAUCAAAAACUGCACGAAGUAUCACCAAAGACGGAGUUUCGAUACCCUCACUGCAGCUUGGUAAAACUGCUAGGGAAGAAACAGAUACCUUCGUCAGGGGCUUCCAAUAUAUAGAGAGAUUAAAUAAGAGAGCAAAAUCAGCAGGUUAUUCCAGAUCGAACCUUUCUUCAUCUAGAACUACACACAAUUCUGGCUUUUUCAGUAGUCGUUCAAUUAAGUCAUCGAUACCCCAAGAAUCGAAAUUGUCAGCCGAAAAACUGUCACAAUGGGAGAAUUAUGAGAAUAAGCGUGAAGAAGAGGCUCAGCAUGAAGCAGUGAUUUCCUCUACAUUGGAGCCACUACGGCUUCAAUACGAUCCCAGUCAAAUUCGGAUGUCGCCUGUGUCCCUUGUAAAUUCUCAUGGUGGCAACAACUCAAAAAAGAACAUGAUAAAAGAUAUGAAGAUGAUGGCAGAAGCAUGCAGCCGAGCAGGACGACUGAAAAUGGAAGGGCUCAUUCACUACAAAAUUGCCAACAAAUAUGAAGAACUUGGCGAAGACCAAUCUGCCAUUCCACAUUAUGAAAGAUUUUUGGCAAUAAGCGAAGGGUUAAAAGAUGAGAUGGCCCAAUGUCUUGCUUUGAAUUGUCUGGGAGUGCUGUUUCAAAGAAUGGGAGGCACUGACAACCUAAAUUUUGCUCUUAAAUAUCACAUGAUGCAAUGGGACAUUUCUGAACCGCAAGCUCAGGUGGUCAGCAAUAUCAACAUGGGAAUUAUCUUUCAACAACUAGGUCAUUAUGAAAAUGCAACUGAUAAUUACAAAAUGGCGUAUCAACAAGCUCACAAAAUCGGGGACAAGCAAGGAGAAAGCAUAGCUCUUGCCAAUCUAGGGAUACUGGGUAAGGAGCAAGGUGACUUGGCCACAGCUCAAACGUGUAUGGAAAAGCAUUUAUCUCUAUCGGAAACGCUCAAUAACCCAGUGGGAGAGGGCGAGGCCUAUCAACAAUUGGGAAUUUUAGCGUCGAAAAAGGGAGAGGGAGAUUUGGCAGUCAAGAUGUUACACAAAGCCAGGAAUAUUGCGAUACAGUACGACAAGAAAAAAGCAGAUCAAAUUUCUUGCAACAUUGGUAUUAUAGAAGGAAAUACUCGGUUUGAAGAAUACAUGAAAUCCCUCGGUCAAUAUAAUUGA